GUUUGCCUCAUUCACGAACGAUCUGUGCGCGCCAAAACUUCCUCCUCACAAUACCUCUCUUUUGCUGCAUAGUUGUAAAUUUUUGUGCGAACAACGGUGUGGAAGUGAUGAGUUAUAGAGAGUGAAAAAGAAAAAAAAGAAGAGUUUCCUUUCCCUCCAAUCAGCCUGUGUGUUUACAUUUACAACAAGAAAUAAGGGAAUAGCAAAAAAAAAUUGCAAGUGAUGUGGAAAUUAAUUGGAAUAUGUGCGACACUCUAUGGAUUACUUCUCUUGGAUAUCACAAUUAAUGCGCAAAUUGAUGGAUAUGAGGAAGGAGUAGACUAUCCUGCAUACGAUUCCGUACCCAAGGAUUUAUCUUUUUCGUGCCAGAACCGAAUACCAGGAUACUACGCGGACAUCGAGGCGAGGUGUCAAGUGUGGCAUUGGUGUGUAAACGGAGGGCAGCACUAUGCCUUCCUCUGCCCCAAUGGAACAGUUUUUAAUCAAGCUUUCCGUGUCUGUGAUUGGUGGACAAGCGUAGAUUGUCCUGCUUCGGAGCAACUUUACACUAAUAAUGAGGAAUUGUACAAGGAUUCAGCUGGAAACUUAAUAUGAUCCGACGAUCCCCAAGACACUGGUGACGGUUCACAGAGGAAAUUGGAACGGCUCCUUGCGCUCCCUCGCACCCAAAGCACAAGGAGUUUACCCACAAAGGCAUUCACCACCAAACCAUCCCGGCAAUCAUCAUCAGGCGGUCUUCGUGAGAGGUCAACGAGUCAGAAGUUACCAUUGAAAUUGCAAAAUAUUAAUAAUUUAUUGGAAAACCAAAUAAUUGUGAGCCAACAAACGUCGGAAAAGCCAUUUCGCGGAAAAAGGAAGUUUCACGUGAAUCAUCAUGAUACGGACGAGCUGAGGUUCUUGGAAAAGUUAAAUUUGCAGAGAAAAUCUGAAUUACUGAAAGAAAAAACAAAUAAAACUAUUUAUGAAGAGAAGGAUGAAAUUUUCGAGGCGGUGGAGUAAUAGAAAGGAAAUUCACUUUUCCUUCAUAUUUAUUCACAAAUUGUAUAUUUUACGCAUUUUUAUUUAAUUUAAAUAAAGAAAAAAAUGCAAGAAAUAUGAUAUUUGAAUGUAAUUUUGAAAUGAAUAUAGAAUUGAGAAAAAUUUA